AUGCUCGGCGGAGGUGACAACAAGACUGAGAAGAAGAAAUUUAUCACCCAAGCGGAGGAGCCUGAAGAGUAUUGGCAGAGUGAGUCGGAGAGAGAAGGAAAGGGCCCCAUGAGUACAGUGCUGCCCUACAUUGCGAUUUUCGGGCUCCUCACACCCUUCAUUAUUCUUGGGAUUGCCUUCGCCAGUGGCUGGAUCGAUGUUCCAGCCAGGUAA